ACCUAGCCGCCUGAAAUAUCGUAAUGGUGAAGAUGACUUUCAAGGUCACCGUCGCACUAACCAUCGGCCUCGCCCUGGUCGAUCGAUCAAUCGGUGGCGUGAUACCGCUGGACACUCAUGAUCAUCAUGUCUCGGUGGCCAGCUCGUACAUGCAUUUCCAAGGGCCGGUACAGGGACCUGAAUACGAAGUGAAAGUGCCGCACGUACCUGUGGACCAUCUCGGCGAGCACAACUAUCUGACCCACCACGAGCAUCGCCAUCACGACGGCUAUACGGUCGACUACGUAGGGAAGCCGAAGUACGAGUUCUCGUACGGCGUCGAGGACCAUCAUACCGGCGACUUUCACGGCCAGAAGGAGUCCAGCGACGGACACAGCGUGUCCGGGGAAUAUACCGUGAAAGAUCCAGGUGGCAGCCUUCGGAUCGUUAGCUACCACGCGGACAAGGAGGGAUUUCACGCGAUGGUACACACUUCCGGGAAGAAUGAUCACUCGGGUGGGGUCUACGGCGGUCAAGGGCACGACGAUAUCCAAGGCCACCUUCACGAGUACGCCGCGUUAUCCGCACACGCGGCAGCGUACUGAAAGAAAACUCGCGGCCACCAUGACAACCGUGACUGAUCGCUUUUGCAUGUACCUGGCACGAUUAUAGACUUUUCCUUUCCCGAAUCGUCAACGUUGAUGUUUCCGUUUUGUAUACCAAAGGCAACAACGGUGCUAUCCGUUCGACAUUACAUUACGCAGGGAUAACGUAUCGUAUAUAUUGUAAAUAUAGUUCAUCCCUUUAUACACGAUGAACGAAAUAAACAUGACGGGAGAAUGCAUGUUUAUUCCUUUUUAUAUUAUACGAGCAGCAGUAUUGCCAUGCUUUCCCGAUACAGAAUAUGAAAGUUUUUUGACAAACCGUGAUAGACACGGAAACUAUAUGAAUAAGGAUUUACAAAAUUAAUAAAGGUUUCCGAUAAAUAAUUGACGUUCGCUUAAUAGAAAUAACCCGAUCGAAAAUAUAUUUUAUUAAGUAUUCUUUUAUGCAUAUAACUCUUUUUACGUUUAUCGAAAACCUUUUAAUUGAUUAACAUUUUAAUCGAGCGUCCGCGUUUAUUCAAAAAUUUCCAUUGAAAUGGGUAAAAAGUUAAAUAUACAAUAUGAGCUACCCGCAAGUUAUAAUUACUCAAUUUGCGAGAAUUUCUGCGCUUUGCUAAAAUUCCUCGAUGGCCCGAAUUUUGUCCGGAUUCGUUAAA